GACGACGGCGGCGGCGGACGGGAACCCGGCCUGGAACCUCGCUGAGAGCAGCGAUAGCCGGCCGCUGGCCACCAUGUCGGCGCCGUCGGAGGAGGAGGAGUACGCGCGGCUGGUGAUGGAGGCGCAGCCCGAGUGGCUGCGCGCCGAGGUGAAGCGGCUGUCGCACGAGCUGGCCGAGACCACGCGCGAGAAGAUCCAGGCGGCCGAGUACGGGCUGGCGGUGCUGGAGGAGAAGCACCAGCUCAAGCUGCAGUUCGAGGAGCUGGAGGUGGACUACGAGGCCAUCCGCGGCGAGAUGGAGCAGCUCAAGGAGGCGUUUGGACAGGCGCACACGAACCACAAGAAGGUGGCGGCGGACGGCGAGAGCCGGGAGGAGAGUCUGAUCCAGGAGUCGGCCUCCAAGGAGCAGUACUACGUGCGCAAGGUGCUGGAGCUGCAGACCGAGCUGAAGCAGCUGCGGAACGUGCUCGCCAACACGCAGUCGGAGAACGAGCGCCUGGCGUCCGUGGCGCAGGAGCUGAAGGAGAUCAACCAGAACGUGGAGACGCAGCGUGGCCGCCUGCGGGAUGACAUCAAGGAGUAUAAGUUCCGAGAGGCCCGCCUGCUGCAGGACUACUCGGAGCUGGAGGAGGAGAACAUCAGCCUGCAGAAGCAGGUGUCUGUGCUCAGGCAGAACCAGGUGGAGUUUGAGGGCCUCAAGCAUGAGAUCAAGCGUCUGGAGGAGGAGACCGAGUACCUCAACAGCCAGCUGGAGGACGCCAUCAGGCUCAAGGAGAUCUCGGAGCGGCAGCUGGAGGAGGCGCUGGAGACCCUGAAGACGGAGCGAGAGCAGAAGCUCAGCCUGCGCAAGGAGCUGUCCCACUACAUGAGCAUCAACGACUCCCUCUACACCAGCCACCUGCACGUCUCUCUGGACGGCCUCAAGCUCAGCGACGACACCGAGGCCCUGGCCAAUGGCUUCGAGCAUGGUGGCCUGGCCAAGCUGCCCCCAGACAACAGGACCUCCACGCCCUCCAAGGACGGCCUCGCCCCGCCCUCCCCCAGCCUGGUGUCCGACCUCCUCAGCGAGCUCAACAUCUCCGAGAUCCAGAAGCUGAAGCAGCAGCUGAUGCAGAUGGAGCGGGAGAAGGUGGGCCUGCUGACAACACUGCAGGACACGCAGAAGCAGCUGGAGCAGGCGCGGGGAGCCCUGUCAGAGCAGCAUGAGGAGGUGAGCCGCCUCACGGAGAACCUCACUGCUCUGCGGCGGCUACAGGCCGGCAAGGAGCGGCGGACGGCCCUGGACAGCGAGAAGGAGCGUGACAGCCACGAGGACGGCGACUACUAUGAGGUGGACAUCAACGGGCCUGAGAUCCUGGCUUGCAAGUACCGUGUGGCCCUGGCGGAGGCAGGUGAGCUCCGCGAGCAGCUGAAAGCCCUGCGCAGUGAGCAUGAGGCCGGUGAGGCCCGGCACGCAGAGGAGAAGGGCCAGCAUGAGGCCGAGAGCCAGGCGCUCACAGAGAAGGUCUCCCUGCUGGAGAAGGCCAGCCGCCAGGACCGCGAGCUGCUGGCCCGGCUGCAGGCAGAGCUGAAGAAGGUGAGUGAUGUCGCGGGUGAGACGCAGGGCAGCCUGAGCGUGGCCCAGGACGAGCUGGUGACCUUCAGCGAGGAGCUGGCCAACCUCUACCACCACGUGUGCAUGUGUAACAACGAGACGCCCACCCGAGUCGUGCUGGACUACUACCGAGAGGGCCCGGCCGGCGCCGGCCGCUGCAGCCCCGAGGCCCGCGGGCGCCGCUCACCCGUCCUGCCCAAAGGGCCGCCAGCCACAGAGGGUGGGGCGGGGGACAGCAGCCCCUCGCCCAGCCCCUCUCUGCCCUCGCCCCUGAGUGACCCGCGUCGGGAGCCCAUGAACAUCUACAACCUGAUCGCCAUCAUCCGCGACCAGAUCAGGCACCUGCAGGCGGCCGUGGACCGCACCACAGAGCUGUCGCGGCAGCGCCUGGCCUCCCAGGAGCUGGGCCCCGCCGCAGAUAAGGACCGGGAGGCGCUCAUGGAGGAGAUUCUCAAGUUGAAGUCCCUGCUGAGCACCAAGCGGGAGCAGAUCACCACGCUGCGCACGGUGCUCAAGGCCAACAAGCAGACGGCUGAGGUGGCCCUGGCCAAUCUGAAGAGCAAGUAUGAGAACGAGAAGGCCAUGGUGACCGAAACCAUGAUGAAGCUGCGUAACGAGCUGAAGGCCCUCAAGGAGGAUGCAGCCACCUUCUCCUCCUUGCGCGCCAUGUUCGCCACCAGGUGUGACGAGUACAUCACACAGCUGGAUGAGAUGCAGCGGCAGCUGGCGGCCGCGGAGGACGAGAAGAAGACUCUCAACUCCCUGCUGCGCAUGGCCAUCCAGCAGAAGCUGGCACUCACCCAGCGGCUGGAGCUGCUCGAGCUGGACCACGAGCAGACCCGGCGGGGCCGCGCCAAGGCCGCCUCCAAGGCCAAGCCGGGCACCCCAAGCCUGUAGAGUAGCUGCCGGGAGGACUCGGCCGCGGCCCUGUCACGCUGCAGCCCCUCCCCCUCCCGCGGGUCCACGCCGAGGAAGGAAGGGCAGCCCAAAAGUCCACUUAGAAACGUGUUUGGAUAUGCCACUCCAGUUCUUUCCAAGUUAGCAUUCCCUGAGUGUUUAAUGGCAGAGGGAAAAAGCUUUAGUGUUGAGAAGGCCACCAGCUGCUGUCUGCAAGGCCUCUGCACAGCGCUGAAGAACCUGCUCGGACAGUGGCCACCAGGCUUGCUUAGAAACCCGCUAGGAACACUCAGCACCGGGGCUCCCUGCUACAGACACCCUUUUUUUAUCCGAUCAACCUGUGCACUUUUGAUAUUUUGAUAUUAUAUUUGCUUCCUUAAUCCCUCCCAUAGAGACGGUCUCAGAUGCCGUGGUCUGUCUCGUGGUCCUGUAGCGCUCCGUCUUAGCUCCCGCUGUGCUGAUCUGACAGCAGCACGUGGUAUGGAUGUGUUUUCCUAGCAUGUAGCUCUAGACUGUUUAGAUGGAGGCCUCGACCCGGCAAGGAGCUCAGCGAUACGUGUCCGCGCUGUGGUUCAGCAGCCUUUUACGUUACACGGCAUUAUGGUUCAUGUUUGAAAUUACAGAUUUUAAAUGCCAUGUUCAUUAAGAAAUCCAGGGUAUUCCAAUUCUGGGGUUUUUCAUAUUGUAUUAUUAUUAUUCUUAGGAAUAGUUCAAUGUAACAAGAAGAAAACUUGACCUUUGCUCUGGUUAAACAGUAAUAGGCACUUGAAAACAAAAAGAUAAAUUAUUGAGUGAGUAGUAUUACCUACAAAUUCCAGAAUCUUCUGGGUUUUGGGACAUUGUGAAGCAUGACUGAUUAACAGAAUUUUAUACAACUGUACCAGUGAAAUUCCAAAUUGGAAUUGUUUUGUUACUCUGGUUGUUGUGCCAAAUUGUGGUACACUUAGAAAAUCCUACAGUCGUCGACUUUUAGGGUGUUCUAUUUCAACACCUUUUUGUUAGUAAUCAUUGCCAGUAGUGCCUUCAUCAGUUAAGGGAGGUGUCCCAGCGUGGUUUCGGCUCUGACAUGGAUAGCAAAGAGCUGGUCGGGAGUGUUGCAGGCCAGGGUGGACCAACAGGUGUGAAUGGGCGCGCACCUUCGUGCCUGAGCCUGGGCAUCUUCGUCGAGGGAAAGAAAACAGCAAUUGUGCGAAAUUCUGUUAGUCAGCGAUUCUUCACCGUGCAGAUCCUUGCAAAUUCAGGGGCUGAGAGAAGGAACGUGAACACACGCAUUGAGUGUGCUUUGGGAACCAAAUGGACCUGGGGGACAAGCUAAGCCGGCGGUGCGAA